AUGCAGAUUGGCUCUGAUCAGAUUGAAGCUUUGUAUGAUAAUGCCAAAUUUGAGUUUGAGUGCGGGUGCUACUCAGAUGCCGUGGCCUACCUGAACCAAUAUCGGGUCCUGUCCACAAACGGUGAGAGGACUGCAAGAGCUUUAUGGGGGAUGCUGGCAUCAGAGAUUCUAAAUCGAAACUGGGAUGCUGCGCUGGAAGAGCUUAAUCGCUUAAAAGAGAUUAUUGAUUCAAAGGUCUACCUGGAUCCACACAGACGGAGGUGA